AUGAGUGUAGAGAUUCGACGUGCGUCACUGGAGCGGAACACGAAUGAAACGCAGAUUCAGGUGUCUAUCGCUCUCGAUACGCACCCAGAGUAUGCGCCGCAGGUCAUCAAGAUAUCGACCGGCAUUGGGUUUUUGGACCAUAUGCUGCAUGCACUCGCAAAGCAUGGUGGCAUGUCACUAGAGAUCGCGUGCAAAGGUGAUCUGUGGAUUGAUGAUCACCAUACGGCCGAGGAUUGUGCGAUUGCGCUUGGCGUGGCAUUCAAAAAAGCGCUCGGCGCCAUCCGUGGCGUCAAGCGAUUUGGAACGGGGCAUGCGCCUCUGGACGAGGCACUUUCGCGAGCGGUCGUUGAUCUGUCAUCGCGGCCAUACUGCCACACGGAUCUGCAACUCCGGCGGGAAAAAAUCGGUGACUUGAGUUGUGAAAUGAUCCCACAUGUGUUUCACAGCUUUGCGACAGAAGCAGGAAUCACUCUGCAUGUAGACGUCUUGCAUGGUAUGAAUGACCACCACAAGGCAGAGUCGGCCUUUAAGGCAACGGCUCUUGCGCUGAAAGAGGCCAUCACACGAACGGGAAUGAAUGAUGUGCCGAGUACAAAAGGUGUCUUGUAA